GGGCGGGGUCGGCAAUGGCCCAGCCCGUGGCUCUCCCGGCCGCCCCCCCGCCGCCCGCGCUUGGCCCGGCCCGGCAGCGAGAACGGCGCCAUGGAGGCCACCGGGGUGCUGCCGUUCGUGCGCGGCGUGGAUCUCAGUGGCAACGACUUCAAGGGAGGCUACUUCCCUGAGAAUGUUAAAGCCAUGACAAGUCUGCGAUGGCUGAAAAAAUACCUGCCGGAGGAGUUGGCCUCCCUACAGAAGCUGGAGCACUUGUCUGUGAGCCACAACAACCUGACCACACUUCAUGGAGAGCUGUCGAGCCUGCCAUCACUUCGGGCCAUCGUGGCUCGAGCCAACAGCCUGAAGAAUUCUGGAGUCCCUGAUGACAUCUUCAAGCUGGAUGAUCUCUCAGUCCUGGACUUGAGCUACAACCAGCUGACAGAGUGCCCGCGGGAGCUGGAGAAUGCCAAGAACAUGCUGGUGUUGAACCUCAGUCACAACAGCAUCGACACCAUUCCCAACCAACUCUUCAUCAACCUCACUGACCUGCUGUACCUGGACCUCAGCGAGAACUGCCUGGAAAGCUUGCCUCCACAGAUGCGCCGCCUGGUGCACCUACAGACACUCGUGCUCAACGGGAACCCACUGUUACAUGCACAGCUCCGGCAGCUCCCAGCUCUGACAGCCUUGCAGACCCUGCACCUGAGGAACACCCAGCGCACCCAGGGCAACCUCCCCACCAGCCUGGAGGGCCUGAGCAACCUUGCAGAUGUGGACCUUUCCUGCAACGACCUGACACGGGUUCCUGAGUGCCUGUACACCCUCCACAGCCUGCGCCGCCUGAACCUCAGCAGCAACCAGAUCACGGAGCUAUCCCUGUGCAUCGACCAGUGGGUGCAUGUGGAGACCUUGAACCUGUCCCGCAAUCAGCUCACCUCACUGCCUUCGGCCAUUUGCAAGCUGACCAAGCUGAAGAAGCUAUACCUGAACUCUAACAAACUGGACUUUGAUGGGCUGCCCUCAGGCAUUGGCAAGCUGGCCUGCUUGGAGGAGUUCAUGGCUGCCAACAAUAACCUGGAGCUGAUUCCUGAAAGCCUCUGCAGGUGCACAAAGCUGAGGAAACUCGUCCUGAACAAAAACCGCCUGGUGACCCUCCCAGAGGCCAUCCACUUCCUGACGGAGAUAGAGGUCCUGGAUGUGCGGGAGAACCCCAGCCUGGUCAUGCCUCCCAAGCCUGCUGACCGCACUGCCGAGUGGUACAACAUUGACUUCUCACUGCAGAACCAGCUACAGCUGGCAGGUGCCUCUCCUGCCACAGUGGCUGCGGCAGCAGCUGGGGGUGGGCCCAAGGACCCCCUGGCUCGGAAGAUGCGGCUACGGAGGCGCAAAGACUCAGCCCAGGAUGACCAAGCCAAGCAGGUGCUGAAGGGCAUGUCAGACGUGGCCCAGGAGAAGAAUAAAAAGCAGGAGGAGAGUACUGACACCCGAGCCCCCGGGGGCAAGGUGCGGCGCUGGGACCAGGGCCUGGAGAAGCCUCGCCUCGACUACUCAGAGUUCUUCACAGAGGAUGUGGGCCAACUGCCUGGCCUGACCAUUUGGCAGAUCGAGAACUUUGUGCCUGUGCUGGUGGAGGAAGCCUUACAUGGCAAGUUCUAUGAAGCUGACUGCUACAUCGUGCUCAAGACCUUUCUGGAUGACAGCGGCUCUCUGAACUGGGAGAUCUACUACUGGAUCGGUGGGGAGGCCACACUCGACAAGAAGGCUUGCUCUGCUAUCCACGCGGUGAACCUGCGCAACUACCUGGGUGCGGAGUGCCGCACUGUGCGGGAAGAGAUGGGAGAUGAGAGCGAGGAGUUCUUGCAGGUGUUUGACAACGACAUCGCCUACAUCGAGGGUGGAACAGCCAGUGGCUUCUACACUGUGGAGGACACACACUAUGUCACCAGGAUGUACCGCGUGUAUGGGAAAAAGAACAUCAAACUGGAGCCUGUGCCACUCAAGGGGGCCUCUCUGGACCCGAGGUUUGUUUUCCUGCUGGACCAAGGGCUGGACAUCUACGUGUGGCGGGGGACCCAGGCCACACUGAGUGGCACUACCAAGGCCAGGCUCUUUGCAGAAAAAAUUAACAAAAACGAGCGGAAAGGGAAGGCAGAGAUCACAUUGCUGGUGCAAGGCCAAGAGCCCCCAGAGUUCUGGGGGGCACUGGGUGGUGAGCCCUCCGAGAUCAAGAAGCAUGUGCCUGAUGAUUUCUGGCCACCCCAGCCUAAGCUAUAUAAGGUGGGCCUGGGUCUGGGUUACCUGGAGCUGCCACAGAUCAACUACAAGCUGUCUGUGGAACAUAAGACGCGACCCAAGGUGGAACUGAUGCCGGGGAUGCGGCUGCUGCAGAGCCUACUGGACACGCGAUGCGUGUACAUCCUGGACUGUUGGUCUGAUGUGUUCAUCUGGCUUGGGCGCAAGUCGCCGCGCCUGGUGCGUGCUGCAGCCCUCAAGUUGGGCCAGGAGCUGUGCGGGAUGCUACACCGGCCACGCCACGCCACGGUCAGCCGCAGCCUUGAGGGCACUGAGGCACAGGUGUUCAAAGCCAAGUUCAAAAAUUGGGAUGACGUGUUGACAGUGGACUACACGCGCAAUGCAGAAGCCGUGCUGCAGGGCUCAGGACUCACCGGGAAGGUGAAGCGCGAUGCCGAGAAGAAAGAUCAGAUGAAAGCUGACCUCACUGCGCUGUUCCUGCCCCGGCAGCCGCCCAUGGCGCUAGCUGAGGCCGAGCAGCUGAUGGAGGAGUGGAAUGAGGACCUGGAUGGCAUGGAGGGCUUCGUGCUCGAGGGUAAGAAGUUCGCGCGGCUGCCUGAGGAAGAGUUUGGCCACUUCUACACACAGGACUGCUACGUCUUCCUCUGCAGAUACUGGGUCCCUGUGGAAUACGAGGAAGAAGAGAAGAAAGAGAAAGAGGAGGAAAAGGCUGGGGCUGAGGGCAAAGAAGGUGAAGAGGCAGCCACCGAAGCGGAGGAGAAACAGCCCGAGGAGGACUUCCAAUGCAUCGUGUACUUCUGGCAGGGCCGUGAAGCCUCCAACAUGGGCUGGCUCACCUUCACCUUCAGCCUGCAAAAGAAGUUCGAGAGCCUCUUCCCGGGCAAGCUAGAGGUGGUGCGAAUGACGCAGCAGCAAGAGAACCCCAAGUUCCUGUCCCAUUUCAAGAGAAAAUUCGUCAUCCACCGGGGCAAGAGGAAGGUGGCCCAGGGCACCCUGCAGCCAAGCCUCUACCAGAUUCGAACCAAUGGCAGCGCCCUCUGCACUCGGUGCAUCCAGAUCAACACCGACUCCAGCCUCCUCAACUCCGAGUUCUGCUUCAUCCUCAAGGUUCCCUUUGAGAGUGAGGACAACCAGGGCAUCGUGUACGCAUGGGUGGGCCGGGCAUCAGACCCUGAUGAGGCCAAGCUGGCAGAGGAUAUACUGAACACCAUGUUUGAUACCUCCUACAGCAAGCAGGUCAUCAAUGAAGGUGAGGAGCCUGAGAACUUUUUCUGGGUGGGCAUCGGGGCACAGAAGCCUUACGACGAUGAUGCCGAAUACAUGAAGCACACUCGGCUCUUCCGGUGCUCCAACGAGAAGGGCUACUUUGCAGUGACGGAAAAAUGCUCUGACUUUUGCCAAGAUGACCUGGCAGAUGAUGACAUCAUGUUGUUAGACAAUGGCCAAGAGGUCUAUAUGUGGGUAGGGACCCAGACAAGCCAGGUGGAGAUCAAGCUGAGUCUGAAGGCCUGCCAGGUAUACAUCCAGCACAUGCGAGCCAAAGAGCACGAGCAUCCCCGCCGCCUGCGCCUUGUCCGUAAGGGUAACGAGCAGCAUGCCUUCACCCGAUGUUUCCAUGCCUGGAGCACCUUCCGCAAGGCCCUGGCCUAGGGCGACCAUUAUCAGCCUGCACUGUCCCAGUCGAAAACUCAAGCUCUGGGUGAGGGAGAGGAAAGGCCUCUGUCCAUCCACCACCUGCCAGCAGAGGCUGUAUACAGGUGGCAGCCCCUGCCCCAGUCACCCUCCAGUGCCACGGUCCCCAGCAGCACAGCCCAAGCAGUACCAAUGGGGGUAACCCUGACUGGUGCCCACAGAGGUCUGGAAAAUUAGACUCUUGGUAUGAGCUCACAUGUAACACCCCUCUUCCCCUGCCAGGGAUAAAGCAGAUGUGGUUAUCCUUUUGAGAUAUUAAAUGCUUUUAUUUUCAAUAUUAAAAA